GGGCCGGGGCUUGGCACGUCCGUCAACCUGGGGCGGUGGGGAAGGGGCAGGGUGUCCCGCAGCCCCCGGACUGGAUCGGAGCGAAGCCGGAGCCGGAGCCUGAGCCGGAGCCGGAGCCGGAGCGGACCCGACCCGGACUGGAUCAGAUCGGAUCGGGGCGGAGCGGAGCGGCCCCAUGGCGGAGCCAGGCCAGAGCCAGAUCGAUGAAAUAGAAGCCCUGUCCUCUAUAUAUGGCGACGAAUGGUGUGUCAUUGAUGAAGCUGCAAGAAUAUUUUGUAUUCGAAUUAGCGAUCACUUAGAGCAUCCCAAAUGGACACUCUGCCUUCAGGUGAUUUUGCCAUCUGAAUACCCAGGCACAGCACCACCUCUUUAUCAACUGAAUGCUCCUUGGCUUAAAGAACAAGAUCGUAUGGAGUUGGCAAAUAGUCUUGAGGAAAUCUAUGUAGAGAAUCUUGGUGAAAGCAUUCUUUAUCUAUGGGUGGAGAAGAUACGAGAAGUUCUAAUGGAAAAAUCUCAAUCGUCUGAUUCAGGGCCAGACUUCAAGAAGAAAAGUGAGGAGGAAGAUGUUGAUUUUGAAGAUGAUUUUAUUUUGGAGCAUCAACCGGAAGAUGCAGUGAAAACGUUGGAUUUUGUUAUUCCAGAAAGUCAAGGAGAGGUAGAAGAGAUGCCGCCGAUUGACCACGGUGUUCCCAUCACGGACCGAAGGAGCACUUUCCAGGCCCACUUAGCUCCCGUAGUGACCCCCAAACAGGUGAAGAUGGUACUUGCCAAGUUAUACGAAAACAAGAAAAUAGCCAGCGCCACCCACAAUAUAUACGCAUACAGAAUAUACUGUGAAGACAAACAGACAUUCCUGCAGGAUUGCGUAGAUGACGGAGAAACAGCAGCAGGUGGGCGUCUCCUCCACCUCAUGCAGAUUUUGAAUGUGCGAAAUGUUCUAGUGGUGGUGUCACGCUGGUAUGGAGGGAUUCUGCUUGGACCGGAUCGUUUUAAACACAUCAACAACUGCGCCAGAAAUAUCCUCGUGGAACAGAAGUACACAGACACACCGUUAAUUUGUGUUUCUUUCAGGAGGAAUCAUCCAAGCAGUUGGGAAAGAAUAAAAAACAGAGAAAAGACAAGAGGAAGAGUGACCAUUAGUUAAUGAAAAACCUGCCAAUAUGUAAAACUAAUAAAGAAUAAAUAAAUCCCCAAGGGAUAUAUCUGCAGACUCAAAA